AUGAAAGUUGAAAGUGUUGGAUUGUUCAAUGUACUGGAAAAACAAAGUGAUGCAGCGAAUUUUCUACCUAUGGUUAUUGUUGGGCAAAUACUUGCUCAUGUUUUCCAUGCGUUCCGCAAACAACUCUACCAGUCGAUGAAACAUCUAAAGAACAACGUCGCCGUUGAAUUUGACAUUUCUAUAAACAAUAAAUGUAACGAUCUGGAUUUGUGA